GAUCUAUAAAUCAGUCCAUCUGUCUCUCUUUUUCUGAUAUCCUGCAGUUGAAGAGAAAAACAGAAGAAGAUGAGAAUUUAUGUAGCAAUAGCUGAUGCAGCUUCAUGUUACUGCGCUAUGCUUCUGUUAGGUCUAAUAUUACUGGAGAGUUCCUCGUCUUCUUCUUCUAUGAAAGCAACGCAGUUUGUGGAUCGACCUUGUGAUGAAAUUUAUGUUGUUGGGGAGGGAGAGACUCUUCACACCAUCAGCGACAAGUGCGGUGACCCGUUUAUCGUUGAGCAGAACCCGCAUAUUCAUGAUCCGGAUGAUGUUUUCCCCGGACUGAUCAUCAAGAUUACUCCCUCCAUCCCAACAAAGUUGCUCCUAUAGUUUCUAUAGUUAGACAUAUACGAGUUUUUGUUUUCAAUUCAAAGAAACGGAUAGAUAUAUACUUUUGGUUUGUAUAUACUUCAAUUCGGUUUUUAUGUUCUCAAAAUCAAUUAAUUAAUUAAUAAACUAUAACCAGCUAUUUUCUUUUCAA